AGAUAAAGAGUGCGUGCGAGAGGGACAAAGCACCCUCGCUACCCCGGGCUCGGCCGCCCUAGCAACAGUUUCACCCGUCCGCCGCCAGACGGCACUCGUGGCCGCCCCACAACAUCUUGUAAUAUCCUAUUUUGUAUAGUUUAGUGUAAACAAACUUGUAUUGUUUUUUAGUAUUUUUAUUCGUAUUAAGAUAUGUAGUAUUGUACUACAUCAGAUGUGAACCUAUCUGUCUUUAUGUGAUUUGUGAUCAAAGAAUAUGUUAGGUGAAUGAGGAAGCGCAAGAUGCUUAAUCGGACGUUACAAAGAUCCGUUUUCAAAAUAAGCUAAUAAGAGCUGUUAUUUUAAAUUUUAACGCAAAUAGUACAAAGAUAUCGAACUUAUUUUUGCAAAGAGCAUACUAAUUUAUUUUUAUAGCCGCCUGUAACACUAGUGAGAUCGGAGCUUGCGCGUAAAAAGGAGAAUUUAGCUUGAAUCCUGGCUAUUUACUGUAAUAUAUUGGAGCGAGAUUGUGUUAUCGUGGAUCGUGGGUAGGUUUACGGGGAAAACAAUGCUAGUCGGUGCCGUAAAGCAUUGGUAGAUACCACGAUGGGUAGUAUGUUGGUAGUGUAGGGACGUAUUGUGACGUGGUAGUGAUGUGCGAGGAUAAGGAAGAGGCCCGCAGCGAGGCAGAGGCGUCGGGGCCCAGUCCUCGCCGGCUGUGCUGGCCGCGCCGCCCGCCCGCACCCUUGCCCGAUACCAGGGGGCUCUGCUGUGCCAAGUUACUCAGGAAGAACGGGAAGGCAAAGAAGGUGCUGAUGUUUCCAGAAGAGGGGUGGGCGCGCAGUGCUUCUUCCUCUUACUGGACGCUACAGCCCUGCUGGUGGCGCCGCUCGCGCUGCAAGGUCAUCGAAGUCGCCGGCACCAAGAGGCACAGCACUCAGGCACGGAUGGUCAUCAGCGGUGCUAAUGCGGUGUACAUCGUUGGCACCUUCAAGCAUCUUGCCACUGAUUCUGACUUUAAGUUAUACCUGACGACGAAUGUGACACAAGCUGAUUUCAACAUGGGAUACACGAUGACAGGCACGCUGGAGCGCGGCUGCCGAGCCACUAACACCUUCCAAGUGACGCACUUCGCAGUCCUCCGCCGCUGUGACCAUGAGUCACAUCAUCUUAAGACAUCAUAAAACCACAACUUUGUAUAGCGCCACAAUAUUAUCUGGCUCGGUGGUCAAAAGAGAAACUAAAAUAAACUGCACAGUUCAUAAGCGUCCUCCGUCAAUGUCAAAAAAGUGCCAUAAGAUCCU